AUGAGCGGCGGCGGGGCGGGGGGAGGAGGCCUCGGCGGCGGCGGGGCCGGAAAUGGUCCAGUUGUUGCUGUGCAGCUGGAUGUUGCUGAAUAACAUUUCUAUGAGCUUGCUGUUCAAUCUGCCUGUUGUUCAGAAUGGCGAAGAACCCUAAUUUCCCAGAAGCGGGGAGUCUGCCUACAGGCUACGCGCACUGUAGGUCUUCAGACAGCUUCACUGGUUAUCAGUAUCACCAUCCCUCCAAGAUGAGUAACAGCCACCCGCUUCGUCCGUACACGGCUGUGGGGGAGAUCGACCACGUCCACAUUCUGUCAGAGCACAUUGGUGCCCUAAUGAAUGGGGAGGAAUACAGUGACGUUACCUUUAUUGUGGAAAAGAAGCGUUUUCCAGCACACAGAGUCAUCCUGGCUGCUAGAUGCCAUUAUUUCAGAGCAUUAUUGUAUGGAGGAAUGAGAGAAUCUCAGCCUGAAGCAGAAAUUCCUCUUCAGGACACCACUGCAGAAGCAUUUACCAUGCUGUUGAAAUACAUUUACACUGGUCGUGCUACGCUGCGAGAUGAGAAAGAAGAGGUUCUUCUUGACUUCUUAAGCCUAGCACAUAAAUAUGGAUUCCCAGAACUGGAGGAUUCCACAUCUGAGUAUCUUUGCACAAUACUUAAUAUUCAGAAUGUCUGUAUGACUUUUGAUGUUGCCAGUCUUUAUUCUCUUCCCAAAUUAACUUUUAUGUGCUGUAUGUUCAUGGAUAGAAAUGCCCAAGAGGUGCUCUCCAGUGAAGGCUUCCUGUCACUUUCUAAGGCUGCUCUUCUAAGUAUUGUACUGAGAGACUCAUUUGCAGCUCCUGAAAAGGACAUUUUCCAAGCUUUGAUGAACUGGUGUAAACAUAACCCCAAGGAAAACCAUGCUGAAAUCAUGCAAGCAGUACGUUUGCCACUAAUGAGUCUGACAGAACUACUGAAUGUUGUAAGACCUUCUGGAUUGUUGUCACCUGAUGCCAUCCUAGAUGCCAUUAAGAUUCGUUCUGAGAGUCGGGACAUGGACCUCAACUACAGGGGCAUGUUAAUACCAGGGGAGAAUAUUGCAACAAUGAAAUAUGGAGCACAAGUUGUAAAAGGGGAGCUGAAGUCUGCUCUUUUGGAUGGAGACACUCAGAACUAUGACCUGGAUCAUGGAUUCUCUCGACACCCAAUCAAUGACGACUGCCGCUCCGGCAUUGAGAUUAAACUGGGCCAGCCCUCGAUAAUCAACCACAUACGAAUUCUCCUGUGGGACAGAGACAGUCGGUCUUAUUCCUACUACAUCGAGGUGUCCAUGGAUGAGUUGGACUGGAUUCGGGUUAUCGAUCACUCUAAAUACCUCUGUCGGUCCUGGCAGAACCUGUAUUUUCCUGCCCGUGUCUGCAGGUAUAUUCGAAUUGUUGGGACCCACAACACAGUGAACAAAGUUUUCCAUAUUGUGGCAUUUGAAUGCAUGUUCACGAACAAAUCCUUUACCCUUGAGAAAGGUCUGAUAGUUCCCACUGAAAAUGUGGCAACAAUUGCAGACUGUGCCAGUGUGAUUGAGGGUGUAAGUCGCAGUCGCAAUGCCUUGUUGAAUGGAGACACGAAGAACUACGAUUGGGAUUCUGGAUACACGUGCCACCAGCUUGGGAGCGGAGCCAUUGUGGUGCAGCUGGCACAGCCCUACAUGAUUGGAUCAAUACGGUUGCUACUUUGGGAUUGUGAUGAUCGGAGCUACAGCUACUACAUUGAGGUUUCAACAAAUCAGCAACAGUGGACCAUGGUGGUGGAUCGCACAAAAAUUUCCUGCAAAUCCUGGCAAACAAUCACUUUUGAUAAACAGCCUGCGUCUUUUAUCAGAAUAGUUGGAACUCGCAACACAGCUAAUGAGGUGUUUCACUGUGUGCAUUUUGAGUGCCCAGCACAAAACAGUACCCACAAGGACGAGAGUAGUAAGGAAGUAGCAACAGCAGAGGUGGGGACUGGUGGACAGUAGUUUGUUUCUUGCCCUGUUGGAGCUGCAAGCACCUGCUUCCCUGCAUUCCCCUCCUGGAUCCAUCUCGCAUCCUCAUGCUCACCAACCGUAAAGGAGGUUGAAAGGGAGCUUUUGCAGCCCCACUGACAUUCUAUGAAAUUAUUCAGAACCUUCUUGUGCUGGCACCUUUUCUUUCUUUGUGAAUGAAGGGGACCAUGUCUGAAAGCUGGAAGUAUUGAAAUGGAAAAGGCUUUCUCCCAAGGACAUGAAGAGACUGUUGCACUCUCCUGGAUAUGUUCAAAUCAGGCUGGUCCCAAGGGGGGAGAAAAUAGGUCUUCAAUCUUCAUCAAGUACCCCAUUAACACCCUACCUCUCUAAUCUAACCAAGGCAAGGAAAACAGAAGGGAAUAAAAGGCAGAGCUACAGUGGAAAUCCAAAAUUACUCAAGCAGAAUGGAAAGCAUAUGAAAUAAGUAUUUGUUCCCUAGAGGCUUUUAUUAGCAAAAAAAAAAGUUUAUGGAACACAUCAGU